AUGGCUGCCUCUUCGUCGGCACAUCCACCAGCAGAGCCGAAGCCUGUCGUCUUCGUACACAACCCAAGGAGCCCCGAUGGGUCCCCCGGCGUUAAGCCGAGCCCUGUGCCGGACACGAAGCAUGAGGCGAUGAUGCAGGAGUUCGUGCACGCUCAGCUGAUGACGAUUCUGCAGCCCUUUGUGGAUCAGCUGGAACUUCUCAGCGAUGCGCUGAAUGCUCUCACGGCCCAGACCACCGAAAUCGAGGAUGAGGUUCUCCAUCAUCGCGAGCAGGUGGCACAGAAUCAGAGUCGCCUUACAGCCUUGGAAGCUCGGGCGACCGAAGCCACGACUGGGAUACAGGAGGUCCACAAGAAGAACAUGUCGGGACCGGGGCCCCCAAUGGCUUCGAUUGAUCGCUUGCGCAUCCAUGCUCGACUCUAUCACCGUCGUAAGACUGACAAGCCAGCUGCGAUCGGCACAUACUGGGAGAAAGCGGAUUACGCCGACCAGUCAGACCUCCGAAGGCUUGCAGCCCCGGUGGCAUCCUGGAUCGCCUUCGGCCCUCCGGGUCGGAUUCCGACGGUAGAAGAGCUCCAGCUAGUGACGAAGUUCAUGAACAAGAUGGAUGGUGGGCCGUUGCCCUCUCGGUUGAGCGAUGUCUUAUGUGAGAUGAAACAGCGGCUCCUGUCUCUCCCCAGGCCGGCCGAUGAGGCUUGGAAGGCGGCAGAGAAGCAGCUUCGAAAAACCUAUCGGCAGUUGCUACGCUGCUGCAGCGCAACAUCUGCCCAAUCGGAUAUCGCUGCCGGUGAUAACGCUGAUGCUGAAUUGAGAGCCGGGCAGGAUGUGGCCCUGCAAGUCCGUGAAACGGAGGAUUCCGGAUCUCCCUGUGCAUCUGCUCAGUCUGAUCAGCACCUUAUGUUGUUCCGCAAGAUGAACGAGUGGGGCUUUCUGGACAACGCUCAGAAGCUGGAGCGCUUGCAGCAGGCCGAGGAAGCAUCGAGGCACUCACGAAGGAGCUUGAGCCAGGAAGAACUAGCAGAUGUGCUCAGCACGGCGGCAGCUUGUCUUGCAGCUCCGCGCAGACAUGCGAGGCUGCAGGAUGCCAAAGGCCUAUGCCUAGGCGAAGUCAGAACUGCAUCGGAAUCGCAGGAUCCGACAGUGGAUCUGCAAAAACGAGUUCGGUCUCUGUUUCUGCAUGCUCUGCGUGUAUGGCAGAUGAACCAAUUCGAUUGUCAAGCUAUCGAGCAUGUCCUGGACUGUGUGCAACAGAAGAUCAGCCAAUUUGAGAAUAAGGUUGGGGAGAUUCAAGGCGCUGCCGCGGGGAAGGCUUGGCUGAAAAUCAAGCAGAUGAUCGACGAGUUGCUGCUCCGCGUAGGUGCGCCCUCGGACCCGCUUGCGAAAGGCACAACAAAACCCCGAGUAGAAGCUGUAAGACAGGAGCGCCAGAGCGGUAUCCAGAACAUCAUCUGGGAAGCGAAGAGAAGUUCCUGGAGAUGCGAAUGGAAGUAUAGACAUGCUGGUGGUUACAAAGGGAAAUCUCGCUCGUUUCCAAUUGCCAUGUUCCUCGAGCGGGGCCUUGGUGAGGAGGCGGCUGUCGAGGCCGCGCUGCAGGAAGCAAAGGCCUACCGCGAGGAGCUCGUGCGCAAGGGAAUACUGAAGCCGCCGAAGCCGAAACCCCCACGCUCAACGGUGAGGGGUGUCGCCUUUGACAUAAGCCAACAGAAGUGGCGGGUUCAAAAGUACGAUGCCGUCAAACGGAAGCUUGUGCACUGUGGUAGGUUCGACGCCAAGGAGGAAGCCGAGCUCAAGGCCCGGGAGGUGUUCAGGCAGCUCGGGAUUCGACCCGAAUACGAGGUGCGGCCGGCGAAGCGAAGCAGAUCCGAGGAUGGUAUCAUCGCACAGCUGGACCGCCUCAACAACGGUUUGGACCACGCUGAGCAAAAGCAGCUCGUUGUCGACAAAAGGCUCGAGCACCUGCACCAGUUCUGCAAGGAUCUGAAAGGUGAGCAGGCUACGCAGCAGGAGUCGAUCCGGGAAGCCCACAUGAAGUCGGACAGAUCCAGCGAAGCCAUAAGGAAAACCAAUGCCCAAGCGAGCCAGAAGCAGGGCGAAGAUGAGGAGAAGUUCGCGUGCUUAAACCAGCACGCCAGGGGCUUCGAAGCAAAGCUGAGCCAUUACCUGGGCACCUUCCGUGAGCAGGACAACAUGCUCAAGGCCCACGACAAGGAGUUUCAGCGCGUCGCAGCGGAGAUGGCCAAGAUCCGGUCUCAGGAAGAACUUUACCAGCAAUUCUCAGAGCUCUUCCUUCAAGUGAGGGAGUUCAACAGACGAGUUGUGAAGCUGGAAGAUGGUUUCUCUCAGGUCAACUUACGCAACGGCGUAGACCUUUCAGUUUUUCAGGACACCGUGGCAAAGAUCCAUGAGCAGGCAGAGGAGAACUCGCUAAAGAUCGCUUCUGUAGAUCGCAGCCAGGCGAAUUCGUCGCAACAGGUGGAUGUGCUCUCCAAGACGCUGGUGCACCUGGAGGAGGCCAUCCAGAACUUCGACCACCGGGCCACGGUCAUCGACGGCGAAGUGCAGGAUUUGCACUUCUGGCAGCACGGGGCGACGGAGAAGUUCGAAGAACACAACACCCGCCUGCAGUCAUGCAAGGGGGACUUUCAGAAGUGUCAGAAAGAGCUGAAUGCCAAAGGCAUCGAGCUCAACGACCUGCGGCAGGACAUUUCGGCAACACAGAGACGACUGUCCCGCAUCGAUGGCAAUGUGGACAUCAUGCAGAAGUAUUUCACGGGCUUCGGCAAGGGCCUCCAAGACACUUCGCGCUGCGUCUCCUCUCGGGACACUUUUAACACUCCACGGACAUCGCCGCAGCGGCCAUACUCGGCGACCGUUUCGACAGGGUUGCCAUCGCUGCCGGUUCGCUCCGACUCGCCCACCAGGCAGCGUCCGUGGAGCUCGAUCGAGCGCACCACCCGCGAUAUUGACGACCUCUGA